AUGCUUGCCGUGCUUUUCAUCUGCGGCACAACCCAUGCCUAUGCCCAGGCAGUCGGGGAUAUCCUAUUUACCGGCUAUGAUACCAAAGGAACAGCCGGAACAGACUUCUUUACUUUUGUCGUCCUUAACCCACUGCCUGCUGGCACGACCAUCAACUUUACAGACCGCGGUUAUGGUGGGUCCAGUUAUAAUGCGGAUAAUGGUUCUUCGGAAACGACUAUCCGAUGGAUUUCCGGAGCCAGUAUACUGCCCAUCGGAACCGAAGUUAAGAUAACUGGGCUAACCGUCGCCAUCCUAAACGAAAACAAUACGCUGCCCGCUGGUUCGGUGACCGCACUUACGGGCACCUUGGGCCUUAGCCUAACCGGACUAGACCAGGUCAUCGCCUAUACGGGAACGCUCAAUACAAAUGCAGUUGCCAUCGCUGGGAUACAUUGGAACAAUUGCUCCAGUAACACUACUACUGCCUAUUGGGAUAUCGUCGGUACCUGCGCCACUGUAACAGGUGUUUCGGGAAGUACGAUGCCUCCUGGACUAUCCAAUUCCAAUGCAGCUAUGUGGGCUGGGCUGACUGGUGGUGUGGCCAGGAUUUGCGGAAAGUUCAACUGCCCUACUACAAAAUACGCCAGUGCCUCUGCCCUUCGUACGGCCGUGCUCGACAAUUCGAACUGGACAUUUAUCACCACCACUUCCGAAACGCUUGCCGUAGGUAACAGCUGUACCUAUUUGGCAUCUGGUCCAGCUAUUUCUGCGCAGCCAAGCGAUGUCAAGGUAUGUGCUGGCAGUGGGACCUCAUUUUCCAUUACCUCUGCCACUGCCACUUCCUAUAAGUGGUAUGUGAAGAUCGGCGCUGGAAACUUUACGGAGAUCCCCAAUGCAGGUGUUUAUUCCGGGGCCACCACGGCCACGCUGACCAUGAGCAGCGUGCCGGCUUCUGCCAAUGGUUAUAUCUACCGUGCCGAGGCGAUCAAUAGUAGUGGGACCACCACCUCCGAACAAGCGGUUCUAAACGUUUCCAAUGGUUUGUCCACAAUCGGUGCCAACCCAUCUGAUGCGGCAAUCUGUCCUGGUGGCAAUACCAUCCUAUCAGCCUCUGCAACCGGGGGAACGGUUACUUACAAAUGGCAGGUCGAUAACGGCAGCGGCUUCGCUGACAUAACGGAUGGGGGAAUCUAUUCAAAUUCUUCUACAGGUAGCCUGACCAUUACCGGUGCGCCGACAUCUAUGUAUGGAUACCAAUUCCGCCUCAAUGCUACCAACGCCUGUGGUACAACAAGUAGUAAUGCCGCUAUACUGACUUUCCGCAGUACCUGGACCGGUACGACGAGUACCAACUGGAACGUUGCUGGCAACUGGUCCUGCAACGUUGUACCUGAUGCCCAAACAGACGUCGUGAUCGGCACGGCAACCAACCAGCCUACGAUCAGCACCGUCGCCAAUGUGCACAAUGUCACGCUGAACACGGGGGGAACGCUGACCGUCGCCGCCGCUAAUUCCAUUGGGGUAGCGGGUAGCAUUACCAAUGCAGGUGGUACGCUAAAUGCUACCGCAACAAAUGCUACCGUUAAUUUUAACGGUACUAUUGCCAACCAGCCUAUUGCUGCCGGCACUUACUUUAAUGUGCAAUUUAACGGUACCGGGAACAAGGUGCAGCAGGUAGCAUCUCUGCCAAUGCAUCCAGGUAUUUUGUAA